GGCCGUCAGCCCGUGGCCAGAGAGACCCGCGGGGGGUUGGGACACCCCUCCUUCCAGACCCGGCCCGCUGGCCCUUCCGCCCGGGUCCCCACGGAGCCCUCCUGCUGCCCGUCCAGGUCCGGCGGGGGUACCGGGAUGUAGCCGGUUCCCUGACCCGGGGAGCCACACGUACCAAGGCCGGGAAGGUGGACAGAGGCUGGCGCCGGAGCUCUGAGGGUGGGGUGGCAGCGCAGCCCCCCAAAACUUGCAUUUCAGGCAGGGGCGCUCAGACGCCAUCCUCAGAUUACCUUGAAGCCACCGAGGGCCCAGGGGGAAGAGGAGCCCCCAGGGUGAAAAAUGGGACCAGGGAGGGGGCAACUGGCUGGGCAGGGGCCAGUUCCUGGGGCUCUGGGAGUCCUGGAAGAAAAGUGGCCGUAUCUCUUGUGCAGUGGGAAUAAUUCAGAGCCUGUCUCUCGGAUUGCUGGGGUCCCUGGGAGAGGACACUGGCCCCCAGCUGGUCGUUAGCAUUGAGCACUGUUAGAACUUUUCAAUAGGGGGCCACUUGAAAGCAAGAGACCCCGCUCUGCAAAAGACCGGAGGGCCCCUCCCGCAGUGUUUGGGAAAGACCUUUUUGAGGGUGGGGUGGGAUGAGCCCGAAAUUGCCCUGGCACACUCUAGGUAGAAGGAGCAGUCCUCCCAAAUCUCCUUCCUCUCCUGGGCAGCUGGGAAGGUGAGGAAGUGGGAGUUCGGGUCUAUAUGACAGAUGCGUUUCUAGGCUAGGGUCUGUGGCCCAGCAGGGGAGCCCUGAGGCCAGGCAGGAAGGGGACUGGGUGAAGCCAGGACCUGGUAGGGGCUCCCUAGUGCCCGCAGAGGGGAUAGGUGGCCACUGAGUUUUACAGACACGCCUUGGUGGUGAGUCCCGGCAGAGGUGCCUGCUCACCUGUAAUGAGUGCCUCUUGGGCAGGUAAGAUCAGGGGCCAGCCAAUGGGUGGGCCUUCCCAACUUCUGCCUUCCCUCCUUGUCCCCUGACACUUCGGCACCUUUCCCCAGCCCUUCCUGGGAUCUGGGCUGAAGCAAAUGGGCCUCAGCCCCAUCUCCAAUUAGACUUUAGGAAGAAAGUCCAGGGGAAACAGGCAGAUGCCAGUGGGGAUCAGUUGUAAACAAAGUAGCUACACUUUUGUCCAAGGCCUUCCAAAGUCCACCUGUAAGCUGCAUCUCCCAGAAGGCCCACCCUGUGGCCUUGAGACACCAGGGCCAUGCCCAUCCGAGAACUAAAGCGCAGUGUGGGAGGUCAUAUGGAUACCCCCAUCUGCUGCCUGACUUGGUGAGACCUCGGCCCCUCAGUUGUUCUGUCUGCUUGACCUCCGCACCACCGGGCCAGGGUGGGAGGUCGGGGUAUGGCUGCUGGGCCAGGCUGUGACAAGGCUGUGUGCCUGGUUUCUCUCUCCCCCAACCCCAUCAGCCUUGGGCUGGCCGCCCGCUCUUGUUCACCAAGGAGCUGAGUUUCCCUGGGGACUGUUGGACUGGCCUAGCCCCACACACCCCACCCCCAACCCCUCGCUGUUGCUGCAGCUUGCACUAGGAGGAGGGGCAGAGGCUGGGCCGCCUCCUGGACCCCUGCCUCCCUGCCCUGCCUCCAAGGCCAGGCAGCCUCUGUCCACUGCUGGGCUGUGAGCAAGGAGCAGUAGCUGUCCUCAGAGGAGGUCCUAGAGGCAGCAGCAGCUGGGAUGGCCGCGCCAGCAUCUCUAAGGGUUGAAGGGGAUCCAGCCCCGUGGGGGGCACCCUAGACCUCCGACAGCCCAAGCAUCUGUGUUCUGUUUGCCUGCCAGUCCUCGGGACGCUCGCCAUGGGGGGCUGCUUCUCCAAGCCCAAGCCAGUGGAGCUCAAGAUUGAGGUCGUGCUGCCGGAGAAGGAGCGGGGCAAGGAUGAGCUGUCUGCCAGUGGGAAGGGCAGCCCCCGCGCCUACCAAGGCAACGGCACAGCCUGUCACUUCCACGCCGAGGAGCGCCUGCCAGCCCCCCACUCCUACCCUGUCCCUCAGGACUGCGUGGAGGCUGCCGUCUGCCACGUCAAGGACCUAGAGAAUGGCCAGAUGCGGGAAGUGGAGCUGGGCUGGGGGAAGGUGCUGCUGGUGAAGGACGGUGGGGAGUUUCACACCCUGGGCCACAAGUGCCCUCACUACGGCGCGCCUCUGGUAAAAGGCGUGCUGUCCCGAGGCCGGGUACGCUGCCCCUGGCAUGGCGCCUGCUUCAACGUCAGUACCGGGGACCUGGAGGACUUCCCAGGCCUGGACAGUCUGCACAAGUUCCAGGUGAAGAUCGAGAAGGAGAAGGUGUACGUCCGCGCCAGCAAGCAGGCCCUGCAGCUGCAGCGAAGGACCAAGGUGAUGGCCAAGUGUAUCUCUCCAAGUGCUGGGCACAGUGGCAGUACCAAUGUGCUCAUCGUGGGUGCAGGUGCUGCCGGCCUGGUGUGUGCAGAGACGCUGCGGCAGGAAGGCUUCUCCGACCGGAUCGUCCUGUGCACUCUGGACCGGCAUCUCCCCUAUGACCGGCCAAAGCUUAGCAAGUCCCUGGAUGCACAGUCUGAUCAGCUGGCCCUGAGGCCCAAGGAGUUCUUCCGGGCCUAUGGCAUCGAGGUGCUCACUGAGGCUCAGGUGGUCACAGUGGACGUGAGAAACAAGAAGGUCGUGUUCAAGGAUGGCUUCAAGCUGGAGUACAGCAAGCUAUUGCUGGCCCCUGGGAGCAGCCCUAAAACCCUGAGCUGCAAAGGUAAAGAAGUGGAGAAUGUGUUCACCAUCCGGACUCCGGAGGAUGCCAACAGAGUGGUGAGGCUGGCCAGGGGCCGCAACGCCGUCAUUGUGGGAGCCGGCUUCCUGGGAAUGGAGGUGGCCGCCUAUCUGACUGAGAAGGCCCAUUCGGUGUCAGUGGUGGAGCUGGAAGAGACACCCUUCAGGAGAUUCCUGGGGGAGCGUGUGGGCCGCGCUCUCAUGAAGAUGUUUGAGAACAACCGAGUGAAGUUCUACAUGCAGACAGAGGUGUCAGAACUUCGGGCCCAGGAGGGAAAGCUGAAGGAGGUCGUGCUGAAGAGCAGCAAAGUUGUGCGGGCUGAUGUCUGCGUGGUGGGCAUUGGUGCAGUGCCCGCCACAGGCUUCCUGAGGCAGAGCGGCAUUGGUCUGGAUUCUCGAGGCUUCAUUCCUGUCAACAAGAUGAUGCAGACCAAUGUCCCAGGUGUGUUCGCAGCUGGUGAUGCUGUCACCUUUCCCCUUGCCUGGAGGAACAACCGGAAAGUGAACAUCCCACACUGGCAGAUGGCUCAUGCCCAGGGGCGUGUUGCAGCCCAGAACAUGCUGGCACAGGAGGCGGAGAUCAACACAGUGCCCUACCUGUGGACUGCCAUGUUUGGAAAGAGCCUGCGCUAUGCGGGCUACGGAGAAGGCUUCGACGAUGUCAUCAUCCAAGGGGAUCUGGAGGAGCUGAAGUUUGUGGCUUUUUACACCAAAGGUGACGAAGUGAUUGCUGUGGCUAGCAUGAACUAUGAUCCCAUCGUAUCCAAGGUGGCUGAGGUGCUGGCCUCUGGCCGUGCCAUCCGGAAGCGGGAGGUGGAGCUGUUUACGCUACACAGCAAGUACGUGUGCUUUCUAUCCUUCCUGUUGACUUUUCUGAGCUUUUCCCACCUCAGCCAAGAGCCUCUACCCAAUAACCUACCCACCCCACCCAAACAUACUUCCCUGCUGGGCGCCAAGAACUGACACGGGGCAAACACCCUGCUGUCUUCAAGAAUCAACUGUUUAUGGUGCCCAGAGUGGGGAACCUGCUCUCUUCUGUCCUGAUCAUUCCUCCUCUCAUU